GAAAAUAAUAAAGACACAAAGAAAAGAAAGAAAGAAAGAAAGAGGCGGCGGCCUUUAGACUAAACACAAACUUGAAGUUUCCCUCUUGUCAGGGAUUCACUGUUGAUUGAAGAUUUUACACCAUCGCUAUGUGUUACAGUAUGUGAUUUUGAUCAAUCUUCCUUCCACAUGUCGAUCUCAGGAUUGCUUGAGAAGCAUAAACAAGAGCUUGAGAAUUUGACACUAACAUCACACCCUUUUAAAACAUUGAAGCUUUUUAUUGUGGCUGUUGCUCAGUAUUUACAAAGAUCGCUCGUAUACCUAUUAACACAUGGGGUCUGGCUUAUGCUUUUAGUUAUAGUCACUGUUGCAGGGGUAGUCUUGUUUCUCUCCGCCGAUGGUCCCCACGCUACGCAUGUUGAAGAGCUUCUUCGAUACGUAAGGUUUGGAUUGUGGUGGGUGGCUCUUGGCGUUGCAUCUUCUAUCGGUCUUGGAUCUGGGUUGCAUACCUUUGUUCUGUAUUUGGGCCCGCAUAUUGCAUUCUUCACUAUAAAGGCAAUGCAGUGUGGUAGAGUGGAUCUUAAGAGCGCUGUUUACGAUACGAUACAAUUAAACAAAAACCCUUCAUGGCUUAAGAAAGAAUGUUCGGAGUUUGGGCCCCCGUUGUUUUCAUCCCCACAUGAAGGCAUUCAGGUCCCGCUUACUAGCAUAUUACCGCAAGUACAAGUAGAAGCUAUUCUUUGGGGCCUCGGAACCGCAUUAGGGGAGCUCCCUCCAUAUUUUAUUUCAAGAGCAGCGAGUCUCUCAGGCGAGAUAAUAGAUGCUGCAGAAGAACUAGAUGCAUCUUCAUCAAAUAAUCAUGGAUUUGCAUCAAUCUUAAAUCGUUUAAAACAUUGGUUCCUGUCACAUGCACAAUAUUUGAACUUUUUCACAAUUUUGGUGCUUGCUUCGGUGCCAAAUCCUCUAUUUGAUCUUGCUGGCAUAAUGUGCGGGCAAUUUGGAAUUCCGUUUUGGGAGUUUUUUUUCGCAACCCUUAUCGGGAAAGCUAUCGUCAAAACUCACAUCCAGACGAUAUUAAUCAUCUUAGUGUGCAACAAUCAACUUCUAAACUGGAUAGAAAAUGAGUUAAUAUGGGUGCUUAGCUUCGUCCCAGGGGUGGCUUCUGCACUGCCAAACAUUGUAGGUAAACUGCACGCAAUGAAGGCCAAAUACAUGGCUGCCCCUCUGCCAGUCACAUCAAACAUCAAGGUGAAAUCAUGGGAUUUAUCUUUUGCUUCGGUUUGGAACUCUAUCGUAUUGCUAAUGCUGAUCAACUUUUUCGUCAAGAUUGUGAAUUCAACAGCACAGAGGUAUCUAAAGACGGAGCAAGAAAAAGAAACGGCUGCUUUGAAAAGGCGAGUGGAGGAGGAUAGUCAUUAGUUUCUGUUGAAAAAUGUUAGUUAGAAAAACAGAAACGAUUCUUGUUCACAUUGUUUGUACUCAUUUAUAGUAACAAUAGUUGUAGCCUCAUAGACAGACUAAUAGCAGACAAUUAACUUUGGAUGUUGCAUGCAUCUUUGGUUUACAUGCUCUCAUGGGUAUUCAGACAACUCUUGAUCC